AUGUGUGGAGCUAAAGUGUCAAUUGUGAAAAGGUUUUUAAUUCUGACGAUAUUCUGUGCUGUCUUAUUUGAUGUGUGUUUUUGUUUGCAAUGCCAAGAUGAUGAUGAAGACUGCCGGGAACAAUUCAUGCAUCCCGAUAUGUCAGAUCACAAACUUAAUCGACGCUCGGUAGACAAUGAAGUAUUAUCAGAGUAUUGGCUGGACAAGGGUGAACGUUUUGUGGCCUAUAAAGAUGCCACCGCUGAGAAGCCUGUGAGAAACAAGGCUAAAAAUAUUAUAUUCUUUUUGGGUGAUGGCAUGUCAUUGACCACUUUAGCCGCCACUAGGGUAUACCUGGGGGGUGAGGAGCAGAGUUUGUCAUUUGAGACGUUUGCGGAUACAGGUUUGGCUAAAACCUAUGCUCUAGAUCGGUUAGUGCCCGACUCCGCCUGCACUGCUACGGCUUUCUUGUGUGGUGUCAAAGCCAACUAUGGUACCAUAGGUGUUUCGGGCCAUGUUAUGCGUGGAGAUUGUGAGGCUUCUAAUAACACAAACUAUCAUGUUGAGUCCAUAGCCAAAUGGGCUUUGGAUGCUAAACGUUCGGUUGGUUUUGUUACCACCUCCCGAGUUACAGAUGCCACACCAGCUGGCCUUUAUGCCCAUACAGCUGAACGUGAUUGGGAAAACGACAAGCAAGUAAAUAAGGAUUGUGGCGAUAAUUCAGCAGUAAGUGAUAUAGCUUUACAACUUAUGCAAGGAGAGGUGGGCAAACGUUUUAAGGUCAUUAUGGGCGGUGGAAAAUCGCAAUUUAUCGAUGAGGAUUUAUAUGACGAAGGCAAACGCACAGAUGGCCGUAAUUUAGUGCAAGAUUUCCUCAACAGUAAUACCAAUAAUGUGUUUGUGGAAACCAGAGAAGACAUGUUGGCUGUCAACGAUUUCUCCACAAAACGUUUGUUGGGCUUGUUUAAUGAUGGCCACAUGAAAUACCAUUUAAAGGCUUUAGACUCUAAGAAAAAUAAACAACCUACAUUGACUGAAAUGACUGAAAAGGCUAUACAAUUGUUGAGUUCUAAUAAUGACAAUGGUUAUUUCCUGUUUGUGGAAGCUGGUCGCAUUGAUACAGCUCAUCAUAAUAAUAAAGCCAAAUUGGCUCUAGAUGAGACGGCGCAAUUGUCAGAGGCUGUGGAAUUGGCUAGAAGUUUAACUAAUAUGGAAGAUACUUUGAUUGUGGUAUCCUCGGAUCAUUCACAUACAAUGUCAGUUUCGGGUUAUUCACAACGUGGUAAUGACAUUUUCAAAUUAGCCUCCAUUGGAGAAGAUGAAUUACCCUACAUGACCUUGAGUUAUGCCAAUGGUCCCGGCUUCAAACAAUUCUACAAUACUAAAAAACAUUAUCGUGAAGAUCCCCGAGAUAUUUUACAGGCUCUCAAAGAGGAAGAUUAUGAUUUACAAUUCCCAGCCACCGCACCCAUGGACUCGGAAACUCAUGGUGGUGAAGAUGUGCCUGUGUAUGCCUCGGGUCCAUGGUCUGAUAUUUUCAGUGGUGCUUAUGAGCAAAGUACCUUGCCCUAUUUAAUGGCAUUUGCGGGCUGUUUUGGUCCAGGAGAGAAGGCCUGCUAAAGGGGGGAAAUAUUUAUAGUGGUUGUGCACUAGUAAGAUUAAUUGUCAAUAAUGUGAUAUUUUUAUUAAAUUUCCAUAAUAUUUAUAAAGAAAAAUGUAAAAUAUAUUCAAUAUAAUACCAAA